GUGCAGAGUGUCAUUUGAUGUGGGACGUGCGACCGGCGUCAUGCAGGGGCUCAAUGCCGCGAAGGAGAAGGCCUCGGGGCUCUUCGCCAACAAACCCCUUCUGUUCAAAAAUACUCAAUAUGAGAACUUCCACGUUGAUCAGAAGGGUUACGAUCAGAUGUACGAUGGCGAAGACUUGGAAACACCACCAUCACCUGACCGACCCCCACCACGGCCAAUAGACAAGUACGUGCGCGCAGAAUGCCCGUGCCUGAGCGCGCGCUACACGGUGGCGCUGCUGGCCUGCUUCGGCUUCAGCAUCAUGUUCGGCAUGCGAUGCAACAUGAGCAUGGCCAAGCUCAAGAUGACGGAGAAACAAUCUCAAAACUCAACAGACAAAGCUCCAUUCGAAUGGACUGUCAGCGUCGAGUCGUCAAUAGACUCGUCAUACUUCGCCGGGUACCUCAUCACCCAAGUCCCGGGCGGUUUCCUGGCCUCCAUGUACCCGGCCAACAAGAUCUUUGGCGUGGCUAUUGCGAUGUCAGCUAUAUUCAACAUGGCGAUACCCGGAGCUAUGUCUGUGGGGCCGGCUGCCGUCGUCAUCUUGAAAGUUGCGCAGGGAUUUGUUGAGGGUGUGACGUACCCCUCGUGCCACGGUAUCUGGCGCAUGUGGGCACCUCCCCUGGAGCGCUCGCGGCUGGCAACACUAGCAUUCUGCGGCACGUACGCUGGCAUCGUCGUUGGCAUGCCACUGUCCGGUUUGCUCACGGAUUACAUCAGUUGGCAGGCGCCAUUCUACUUCUACGGAGUGUCUGGCGUCAUCUGGUACGUACUGUGGCUGUGGUUGGUGUUUGAGAGGCCCAGCAAGCACCCCACUAUCGCCUCCAAGGAAUUGACAUACAUUGAGCAAUCCCUCGGCACAGCUACUCAGGCUGCCAUGCCUGGAUUCUGGGCGACGCCCUGGAAAGCAUUCGCUACUUCACCACCAGUGUACGCUAUCAUCGUAGCGAAUUUCUGCAGAACAUGGAACUUCUGUCUGCUAGUCAUAUUCCAGUCGUCCUACUUUAACACAAGAUUUAACAUGCAAAUCACAGAGUCUGGGUUUGUUGGCGCCAUUCCACAUUUAAUAAUGACGUCACUGGUGCCUAUUGGCGGCAUGAUGGCAGAUUACUUGCGUAAAAACAACAUCAUGACAACUACGACUGUAAGGAAACUGUUCAAUUGCGGAGGAUUUGGACUGGAGGCGUUCUUCUUUGUACUCGUCGCUUAUGCUAAUAACAAGUACGUGGCGACAAUAGAGCUGACGUUAGGAGUGGCGUGCAGCGGCUUCGCCAUCUCGGGCUACAAUGUGAACCACCUGGACAUAGCGCCGCGGUACGCUUCCAUCCUCAUGGGGCUCUCUAACGGCAUCGGCACCAUCGCUGGCUUCGUAGUACCCAUCGUUAUUGACUAUAUGACGCAGGAGAAGAAUCAACUGGAGAAAGCCAUAACGGAGUGGCGCGCUGUGUUCCUGAUGGGGGCCACAGUGCACUUCGUGGGCAUCACCAUAUACGCGAUCUUCGCGUCAGGAGAGUUGCAGCCGUGGGCCGAGACGGCGGUCGAAGAACCUCAUGUCAUGAAAUCUUUAGACCAUGAAACUACUUUUACGGAGAAGCCAUCAGCGCCACUAAAGGGCAGUGAGCAGGCCGGGUACGGUGCCAUAGCGCCCCCGCGGCCGCCGGCGCCCGGCGCGCACGUGCCCAAUAAUCCCUUCGUGUCGGGCGCGCUGUACCAGGCCGAACCCGUGCAGCCACCCGCGCACGACUACUACGAGGGACCCGACGCGCAACAACACUACGACUAGAUACGUCACUGAGACGUCAAGACUUGCUUCCUGCGUUCACAUUACGACAUAACGUCUCAUAGCGCCAACUUCAGUCUUCGGGCUUGUCGAACUAUUUGUUUUGUAUAGAUAGACCAUCAAUCAGCUACUGUUUGCGUAUCAACCUUAGCAUAUGAAGAGUUAACAGCAUAUUCCAGUUCAUAAAAUAAUGUCGAAGGCUGUAUGAAACAAAAGCUCUCGAUGUUUUGUGGUAAUGUAAAUGUCACUUGAAACAGGCGUGAGAAGUAUUGUCAACAUUAUCUCUAUCUUUAAUGGUAAUAGAUGAAUAUUAAAACUUUUACAAAUAACUCUGACACCAGUUCCCGGAACAGCGGUUCGCCGUGUGGCUCAUAUUUUUAUAGGAAAAGUAUAUUGUUCUCAUGGUUAGCUUGUAUGUUAAAUCGUUUAGCGUUUAGGCGUAAAUUGAUUUAUUUAUCAAAAACUAAUUUCUCGUCGUUUCUGUUACUCAUAACAUUAAGAUUACCAAAUCUGAGCUUUAUACUUACAUGUCACGCUUGAGUUAAUCUAAUCGGCAUCAACUUACGUACCUGUUUUAUUAACAUUUGUACAUGUACAGGUGUAUAUAAAUUAUAUUGGCAUAUCACAGUAGAACAUAUUUAAAUUGGUCCCUGGAUGGUUUAGCUUAGUAAUCAAAUUUAUAGAUGGUUUUGCGUCAUAAUAUCGUACUUAAUAAAAUUAAUGGUUACUGUAACAUUUCUAGUCCUUGUUACUAAGUUUCAUAAAACUGUUGUAAAAUGUUUAUAAAUAUUUACGAAAUAAUUGAAUUGUUCAAAUUUAGAAUUGUAUUUAAUUGGAUGCGUAAAUGUAUAUGUAUCAUAGGAGUAGACAUUGAAAUAAAAUGUUAUUACUAUAAAGGGAAGUAAUGUAAUCAUUCUUGUUGAUAUUUUUAUUGUUGUUUUUUUUGCAUUAUUUCUGUUGAAUUUGCAAAGUAGAUGUUGAAAUAUUGUUAUAUAAUUUUACUAUUAUAUUUUAGUCACGUGUAAAUAUUAAAUAGUGAUAAAAUAGAAUGGAAAAUAUUUUGAUUAAGAUUUAAUUUGUGAUUGUACCUAAUGGAUAUAUGAGUGUUUGGCUGGUUGUAAAGAACACAUUUCUCUUCCUUUAGCAACUCUUUCUACACUUUGAUAAUUUGAACUUCUUGUAAUCUUCAGCUUAGUCUUGACAAUGAAUUUCUACGUGAAAAUAAUGAAAGCUACUUUAAAUGGCUAUAUUCAAUAUUUAAAUAAAAAAAUAACAAUUACAGUUUGCGUAAUUAUUUGGCUUAUAAAUCGAAAUUAAAUAAAAAACAUAUAAAAAAAAAACAAAAAGAAAAUUUCGGUGUAGUAAUUUUCAGAAAGAUUUCCUUUUAAAUUUUUUUGCAAUGAAAUAAGUAUAGUUUAUAAGAGUGUACCCACAUAAUAAUAAUGUGAUAAUAUAGUAGAUUGGAUAUUAUAACUUGCAUCAUAGUAGCAGUGCAUGCAGCUAACCCUUUAUAAAUUAAUUUAUUGAGUAGGAUAACUUCUUACACCUAUACCAACAUUAUUUUUAUUGCACUUUACGACGUAGUAUGCACCGACUUGUAGAUAGCUAGUGCUAAAUAUUUGAAUGUUAAAGAAAAAGUUCAAAUACUUAAAUGUACAUAAAUAAAAAAUACCUUAAUAAUUGCACAUUAAUAUUCCAUUGCUUCGUAGGAUUCAAUACUUAUAUAUACUUAAAUUAGUUACAAUAAUUAUGAAUGAAUAACCUGCUAUAGAUAUAAUGACAUAGCUUCCCAUUCUUCAUUCCCGAUUAAUAAUUUCAAAUAGCAGGAAGCUCAUAAUAAAAAAUAAAUUAGUGAUAAAGUAGCUAGUAUUAUUAUUAUAUCGUGCAAGUAAAUAAAACGCAAAUACAUCGCGUUAUAGGGUUAAGGCGUAUUGACAAUAAAAUGACCGACUGACAGACCGACGAUACAUAGUUCUAGUCAUUUUAGGGUUAAUCACUCAUGCUGCUCACUGCACAAUCCCUUUUAGUUUCAUAGUUUUAAUUUUAGUGAUCGUAAGACAAUAAUUUACGAUUUUAUAUGAAAAUAAUGAGCUCAAAAGCGAAGGUAAAUAAAGGACAAUAAUAUCUGACUGGUGGUGUUUGAGACCAACGAUCACUCGUUACAAUGCGCACUUAGGUAAUGGUUAAGGAAUGGAAGAGGCGUAGAUACUCUUACCUUAUUGCCUUGCUUAUUUACUUAUUUCCUCAAAAAUAUUCCCAAACACCUGUAACAAGUAAAGUAAUUGAACAAAUGGACGUGCAAAUAAUUUCUUUUAAAUAUUCCAUGAGACGCAAGAAUUUAUUAACUAAAACCAAAAUAGAUAGCCGAGAGUUUUUGAAACGCAUGAAAUUAAAACUCAACAGAAAAAUGUAAAUAAUAUCGGUGAUUCAAUUGAACAUUUGAAAAAAAGAAACAAAUGAAACAAACAAAAUCUUGUAAUAGAUUUGCUUGUUCUAAAGUCAGAAGUAAAAAACCAGCAAUCAUGAGUAGGAACGUUUGACCUAAUAAUAAACCUUGUACAUAAAAUAUAUAUUAUAUUUAAAUAUAAAAUAAACAGUACUUAUAGUAUCUGCGACAGUGACGAAGGACAUAAUAAUGUAGCUACUUAGAUAUAUUCGUGUAGGAGUAACAGUUUGUUGGACAUGGGUGAGAAUUAUCAUCUCGGAUCCGUUUUCAUUUCAGUUAUAUAUUACUAAGUGAACACAAAUAGUCACAGAUUAAGAUAAUUAUUUAGUUUUGACAAAAUAAAACCGCUUUUCCUCGGGAAUAAUCACUGCUUCUUAUUUGCCAAACAUCAUCUUAAUUGUAGAAUCUUUAAUCAUUCACUCUUAUGUAAAUCGCCGUGUGAAAACGGUUCAUUUUAUUUUUAGACUCACAUAAAAUACAUUGCUUAACAAAAAAUAACGACGUAACAUAUAACAUCUUUUAUAUAUUUUCAUAUCAAAUAACCGAAUUUAAUUUUAAAAUAUUUUUUAUAUAACAUUAAAUUAUAGACUUAAUUAAUUAUAUAGUAUAAAGCAAAGUCGUUGUUUUAAAUAAUCUCUACGCCGUCAAUUCUGUGAUGUAAAAAUACUUUGACUAACUUUGAAAGGAAUUAAUUGAGUGUGUAGUGAUUUGUAUCUAUUUAUAUCUAAAUAAAAUCUCCUAUUCUUAUGUUAGCGAUAUUAAAUCAGUUAAAAUGGUUAAUAGCCGAAGAGAAAGUAAAAAUCAGGGAAGACAUAAUCGCUAGAAGGUUGACUUUCAAAAAUUUUAGUCUUUGGUUUAAGUACGUCGAACUUAGAUAUUGAUUGAUAAAUAAGUGUAAUCGCAUAUCACUGAAACUUACAUUUAAUAUCUUACCUCAUAAUUAGAAACAUGAUCUUAACAGUUUUAAUAAACUAGUAGUAUCAAUUUUAAAGCUGACAGGCAAACUGGUAUUUUCGUGUUAAUUUAAAGUAUGUUGGCCGGGGAAUGUGCAUAGAAUAAUAUAAGGACUGUUUGAAGACAAGUUGUAUAAUAUAAUUAAAUAUAAUAUGUAUAAUAUUUCUAAUGAUAAUUUUCACAAUGUCCAAAGCUAUGGCGGAAAGGGUACGGAUCCCCCACGCACUUGUUGACGCGCGCACAUUAUACUCUGUGAACGAGUUAUAUAUGUAAAAUUAAUUAUAAUAAGUAACAUUGUAUACAGUUUUUUUAUGCUACGUUUUUAACGUCUUGCAGUGAUUAGCAAAAGUAAAAAAAUAAUUUAUUAAUACAAUACUAAAUACACGAUUUUAGUAAAAAACGUAAUUUAGUAAAAAGUUACUUACAAUUUUGUUUCGUGAAUACUUUUCUUGUAUUAAAUACUCAAAAAUCGCUGCGAAGAAGUACAAUAAUAUAAAAUUAAGAUAUACAAUAGGCUUAUGAUAAGACAAUAAUAUUAAACGGGGUGAUCUCACUCCAUAAGGCUGUGGUGACAAUAAAGCUUGAUAAAGCGACCCUUAGCUGUAAAUAUAACAAUAAAUAAGACAAUACUUUAUAAUUAGGUAUACUCGUAUUAAUACAAAUAAAUAAUUUUAAGUUUAAUUAAUAUACAUAUUCAUAAAAAUAAUUUACAUUUGCAAUAUUUUUAUUACAUUAAUUUGUGGCGUAGAAAUAGACAGUUCAUUGUUUAUUUUUUUUUUUCUACUUUUAUAGUAUGUUUUUAAAUUAAAAAAUAUAUUUUUUUAUUAAAAAAAAAUAUAUAUUAAUAUAUUUGUGUCAGAACUGCUAAUUUCAACAACUUCAUAUUCAUUUUUUUCAUUAGUAUUAGAAAAGAAAAAGGCGGUGUAGAAAAAUAAAUAAAUAUAAACUAGUUUAAAUUAGGUUAGGUAUUACUUGCACGGAAGCACUGUCACAAGUCAAUUAUUGAUUAGGCUCAUGUUUAAGGAUUUGCUUUCAAAGUCCUGAUAGUAUCGACGCUAAAUGAUUUUGUAAAUAUUUUGUGUCGCUUCUUUCACAGUUUGUAGAAAUGCUACGCGUAAACUUUUAGUUGACAGCUGAUUUUUGUUAAGCUAGAUAUGGAAAUAUUAUUUGAUAGAGUUUACUACAUGGUUUUAGAAUCCAUAAAAUAUGGUUCAAAAUAUAGAUCGCAAGAAGCGUAUAAAAAUAACUUAGACCACCUGCACUUAUGAACUUUAUCAAUCACAAUCUCAUUCACAUAUGGAUUUUAAAACCGUAGUUUACCAUAGAUUUGCUAUUAGAUAUCGCAAUAUUCAUUUCAGCUGAAACCUCAUAAUUUUGAUCUAUGUUAGGUUAAAUAAGUAUACGGAAGUAGUGCCGGUUACGGACGCAUUAAAACGGUAAACUCACUGAAUUUCAUCAAAUAAUAAAUCUUUCAAAUACAAGCAGAACAAAAAAAUAUCAAAUGUCGUAUGGUUGUUUAAGUAAUGUGUCAAUGCUUUUGGAAUACCUAUUGAAUAAUAGUCUGUCAGAAUUCCCAGUGUAGAACACUUCAUUGUUUAACCGGCACUGCGGAUUAGACUUCGCUUUUUGACAAUAAUAUUUUAUGCUAGAAUAAAGUUGCAAGCAAAAGUUCAGUUUCAAUCUGGCCUAUUAAGAUUUAGUGUGUACAUAAUGGCGUAGAAUAACAACAUUUAUUACAUAAUAACACAGUAUAUAAUAACGGUAAAUCUUAAAGCACUCCUCUUAGGGGAAAAGUACUAGUGCCACGAAAAUUUUAAGAAAAUUUCGUCUCAUACCAGCCAAGGGAAUAACCGUUUAAUUAGGACUUAUAGAUUCUUAAUUAGACUAGAGCUGAGAAAAAAUAAAGAUAAUGAGAUUAUGUAGCAGAUUGGCAGGAGAUUGUAUGAUAAGAUAAAAAUUGCUAUAUUAAACUUAGGUAAGUAAUUCUAAGUAAGAUAGAGUGAGAUCCUUUGAUAGCUUAGGAUAUUAAAAAACAAGUUAGUAGUAGUAAGACAGAAGCAUAACUGGCGCAUGUAGAGUACUUUCAAAUUACCUUCAAAUUGUAUAUCGUCAUUAAAGUAUACAUAUAUUUUCACGUAAGUAAACGUACGUAAGUCUCUUUCAACAUUCAUUUUUUAGUAUAAAUUAUUAAUUUUACAAAGUUUAGUAUGCAUGUUUGUCCCUCAGAAUACAAGUUUUAAUUUGUACCAAGAGUAAGUACUUUGCGUAAAUAUUUAAUUUAAAGGAAGGGUAAUGUGUGCUUGGACAACUCCUACGAUACAACGAUUCUUACUUACUCUAAUCUGACGUCAUUAAUUAAGAUUUAUUUAUAGUUGUAAUACUUUGUAGUUGAUGAUUUUAAGUGUUUUCGAAAAUUUUGCUCCUUUUCCGUUCUAUGUUCGAUUUUUAGCACAUGUUCCAAAUUGAAAAUUGCGGUUAUUUGCUUAAUAUGAACGAUUUGAUCGUUUGUGUAUCCCAGCACAAUAAAGUUAAAUAAAGAUGUAUAUUUUUUAUUUCUCUAGGUCGCUGAUGAUUUAAAAUUUGAUGGAGCUUUUUCAUGUUUCGUUUUUAAAUAGAUAUGUAAGAUUAUAAUAUUAUAAUAGGAAAAUAUAAAUGUAAAUACUUAUUUAUCCGCCUGUCAUUCUUCAUAAAUGUUAAUUAGAAAAAUAUUAUUUAAAAAGAAAAUCUAAAAAUUGUCUAAAAGGAAUUAAUUCCUAGAUAAAUGCAUUGAUUUGAAACUUUCUAGAAGAUUGGAACUAUUCUGAUAGUCCAAUAAGUGGAUUUUUACGUUUUUGAUUAACGUAUCUAUAAUUACUUAAUAAAUUAGGCUAAGAUUUAUCUCUUAACGGUUGUUCCUUUUUUACUUGUAAUUGAUCUCAUCUGAUCUCAUAAAUGCACCGUAUGUAGUGUGUAAAAUAUUUGUUAAUGAUUAAUUAUAAUUAUCACUGUUCCGUAGAACAUAAUCCGUGUAUUUCUAUUAAAUGUGCUUGCUGUUACAAUUGUACCCUUUUGUCGUUUCAAAAUGGUAACAUUAUCUUCCCUAAUAUAUGUUUUAAAUUUA